ACAAAGCGCUACAAAAAAUGGUUCAGUUCCCUGCGAGUAGUUGUAUGUAACACAUUGUGUAGUUCAAGAUGCAGAGUACGGAACAUAUUGUAACCUGUGACAAGAAAACUGCGAGGAUCAUAAGAAAAUCGGCGAUUUUGAGAAACAAGGAUGUCGUCGCUUACUACAAAUAUAUCUUCAACGAAUGUGACACCAACAGAGACGGUCAGAUAAGCAUUUCGGAGCUGAAGGAAUUUCUAGCCACCAACGAGGGAGAUAUCCCUAACCACGUCGUCAAAUGUAUCCACCAGAAGUUUGACAUGGACAAGGAUGAUCAGCUGAACUUUGAUGAGUUCCUUGACAUGAUCAGUCAUCCCACAGUCACGGAGACCUUCAAGAGAAUCGGCAGCAGAUACUUGAAAUACGUAGCGGAGUCCUCCGUAAGAAGAAAGUCCCUAAAGCUAAGAAGAACGGUUACAGAUACUGGAAUGUACGAAGAACAAUGCACUUUCAACCUGUGCACCGUCGGCAUCUUAGUGUUGUCCGUCCUUCAGAUAAUGUGUUUCUACGUCAACAGAGACAACUGUAACUACUGCAUUAGCAACAGCACCGAAUUUGAUCCUUCAAAAAAGUACGAGAUAUGGCGUUUCGUCACUUUCAUACUAGACCACUCAAGCGAGUCCCACUUAUACGGGAACGUAGUGAUCCAGAUACUACUCGGGGUGCCCCUCGAGAUGGUGCACUCGUGGAGGGUCCCAAUGAUAUACUUUGCCGGGGCGAUAGGCGGAUGUCUCCUGCAGAGCGUAGUUCUGAAAUGCAGUGCUCUGGUGGGCGGCAGCCCCGGGUUGUACGCUUUUUACUCGGCCCACGUCGCCACCGUGUUAAUGAACUGGAAGGAGAUGAGCCACCCCUUCGUGCAGCUCAUCAUCUUCGGGAUACUCAUCGCUUUCGACGCGAUCCGGAGUUUUGUGUUACAUUCGUACGACGAAGAGGUCAGUCACUUAUCCCAUAUAGGCGGGGUCGGUGUGGGGUUGCUGAUGGGGGUGAUCGUACUAAGAAAUAUAAAGGUUACUAGGAUAGAGAAAAAAAUAUGGUACGCGUCCGUAGGCAUCCUUAGCUCGCUGGCAAUUAUAUUUGUAAUAUGGACCGCAUCACUGGACUGCUAAAAUGGUGGAUUGCUAAAGUUAAACGAUACUUAUAACAAUGAUACUUAAUCGUUCAGAAAUGUACUUUAGAAUGUCAUUUGAGAUCUGCGAGAAGUAAAACAUUUGUCGAAUAUGAAAGAAUUGUAUAUAAAUAAUUUAUUUUUAACAUAUAUAUUGCUUAAAAAACUUGAAAACAUGUAAUAAUUUGUUUGAGUAUAAACGUAAAAAAUAUCAGCUUUAAUUAUUGCGAGGAAUAACAUUUUUUGUACUUUAAUCGUUAUUUUGCUGUAAAUAUCUUUUCUAAUUUAUCAAUAAACAUAUUAAGAAAACAUGUUUGGUUCUAUCCUUCAAUUUUUCAAGUCAAUUUUACCCGUAAAGAAACCUUAAUUCCAUUAAUUAAAGUUUAAGAAUGUUUCGAUAAUAAAGGGGGACAAUUUUAAGGAUAAAAAUACACCCUGUAUCUCGAAGACCACCAUUUUAGUUCAUAGGAUUUUUUUCCUUAAAAUAUCCAAAGAAUCGCCACCUUUGUUACUGGAGGGUACCUAAAGAUCAUCUUAUACAGAAAGUACCACAAAUCCUGUGGGACAAAUGAACUACUUUUUAGAAAUAAAGCGAAAUAAAAACUUUUCAAACUUUCUAAAGUAAAGCAAACCCUUAGUUUUAACGUGUAUGUGAAACAUUUCGGCCAGAUAAUAUAUAUUAAAAAAUAUACCUAUAAAUACGACAAAAUACAAUCUGCGCAGUUAUAAAAAAACGUAGGUGGUUUGCACGAUCUCGUAAUGAAGUUAUUAAAAUUAUUAUUUCGAUUUUUUCUGGUAAAAAAACAUAAGGUGCAUAUCUAUCCCACUCCUGAUAUCGUUGAUUUACGGGGAACAUACUUUCUUUAGAAAAUAACUCUGUGCGUGGUUCCAUAUUAUACGA